UAUUUCAUUAUUGGUUAAAGUGUCCCUUACCAAUGUACGUACCAUUAAUUUUCUAGAAAGAAAAAACUAAAGCAAUUGCUAGUUGGUUUACAAGCAUUUCUAUAAUUUUUAAAAUAUUUUAUUUUAUUAAUCACGUUAUCAGAAUUUAUCUCAAAUAUAGAUAUAUUCUAUAACGAAAUAACGUAAAGUUUAUUGAAAAUGAAAGAAAAAAUUUUUUUGUCAUUGUCCCAUUUAACCUCAAAUGCAUUAUUUUUAAUAAUUAAAAAGAUUAUAAAUUAAGAAUAAGUUUUUCAUGUUUUGAUUAAUUAAAUAUCAAAUAUUGAAUAUCAAAAAAAUGAGUGAUUCUGAAGAUGAAAAUUAUGUUACAUUUGGAGUACCUCUUGAUCCAUUAGACGAAGAUAAUUUACCGAGAAAAAAACCAAUGACAAUUGAAGAUCAAUAUGCAUAUGAUGCACAAGGAAGACGUAGAUUUCACGGUGCAUUUACAGGUGGUUUUUCUGCUGGAUAUUUUAAUACAGUAGGCACAAGAGAUGGUUGGAGACCACAACAAUUCAAAUCUUCCAGAAGUAGUAAAGCAGAAAGUAUAACGCAGCGUCCAGAAGAUUUUAUGGAUGAAGAAGAUACAAGUGAAUUUGGAAUUGCACCAACAGGAAUUCGUGCUACAGAGGAUUAUGUUGAUCAUGGUCAAAGAGGAACAAAACGUGAGAGACCUAUUUAUGAUAGCAAUGGUCCUAUUCCUGGCACUCCAGUAUUAAAAGAACUUUUAAAACCUGUAAAAGAAACAGUUGGUAUUAUGUUAUUAAAAAAAAUGGGAUGGAGACCAGGACAAGGUAUAGGAUCAAGACUUACAAAAAAAGAGAAAGCUAAAAUUAAAAAAAGAAAUGAAAAAAUGAAAAAUAUACAACAAAUAUCUAGAAAGACAAGCUCAGAAAAUAGUUCUGAGGAUUCAGAAGAUGAUUAUGAGAAUGUUACAUUUGCACCUGAUGACUAUGAACCAUUUAGAUGUAAUCCAAAAGACAAUUAUUUUGGUAUAGGAUACAGUGGUUUAGACAGAAGAACAAUAUUAUCUGGUCAUGUAAAUUUAUUUGAUACUCCAGCAUUUAAUGUGCAAGACAAAAAUAAAAAAUUGUCAAUACAUGGACAAGCAUUUGGAGUUGGUGCAUUUGAAGCUGAUGAUGAUGAUAUAUAUGAAAGAGAAGAUAUGUCACGUUACGAUUUUUCUCUAGCUCCAGAACGGAAAUCUAAGACAAGAUGGUCUGAUGAUAAUUCGAAAAAUUUAAGUAGUAAUUGUUUAGAAGGCUUUAUAUUAGCAAAAGAUAAAUUAAAACUAAAAACAAUUUUUCAACCUCCAGUAUUACCAAAGGAUUUUGUACCAGUGCAUAUAAUUAGAAAAAGUCGAUUUUAUCCUCCAAUUGAAAAUGUUCAUCGUGCAAUUGAAAAUGGAAAGCGAAAAGAUUUAACAGCUGCGGACAGAGCUAGAAUAUUGGAAGAUACAUGCAGUGUGAAAAAACCAUCUGAAAUAUAUCCAAAUUCAGUACCAUCAGUUGCUUCCAAUAUUAUUUCUAAAACAUUAAAUUUACACGGAAAGCAACAAACUGAAGAAAGACAAAAAGAAAAAAAUCAAGGAUCUAAACUAGCUAGUUCAUGGAUGGAGAAACUAAAUGUACAAAGUUUUGUUAAAGGAGGUAUUAUUGGUCCUGGUAAAGAUUUUGAGAAAAGUUUGAAAGAAUUAAAAGAAUUUAAAGAUUCAUCAACUUCUGAACAAACAAAUACAAGUACUAAUGAGUUAGAUAAAAAUAAUUUUAUGAAAAACAAUAACAUGAAAUCAUUUUUUUCUGAUCCUGAUAAACAAAGACGUUUUGAACAAUAUUUAGUUUUUAUGAGACAGGGAGAAAAAAAUAAGCUUGAAAGUAUACAAUCAUUAUCUAUGACAGAAUGGGAUAGAGAACAUGAACGAAUUGAAUUUGAACAAGCAAUUAAAUUAAUUGAUCAAUCAACGAAUGAUCAUGUUGAAAAUACUCAUGAUUCUACAAAUAUAAAUGUUUCUACAACAUUUAAUCAGGAGGAUGAAAUGAAACAAGCUGUAAAAAUGAAAAUGUUUGGAAAAUUAACUCGAGAACGCAUGGAAUGGAAACCAGCAAGCAUAGUAUGUAAAAGAUUUAACAUUCCUGAACCAAAAAUCGGUUGUGCUCCUGAGAUGCAGAAGAAAUCAGCAAAGUUUUCAAUUUUCGAUUCUUUUGAUUGGAAUAAUUCUACAAAAUUUUUACGGGCAUCGAAAGAAUCAAACGAAAUUAAUAUAUCGCCAAAAGAUAAAAACAUCAUUGACAAUACAAAUUUGAAUGUUAAAACAAAUAAUAAUAAAUCUUUUGAAAAUGAUCAAACUUUCGAACCUAUAUCAGAAAAAAUGAGAAACUUUGAAGUUUCUUAUGAAAAAGUUUUUGGAAAAGAAAUGCCAGAAACAUCUUCUAAAAUGUUAGAAAAUGAACAAAAUAUAGAUGAUAAAUCUGACCCAAAAAGAGUAACAGAGAUUACAGAUCAACAAGAUAAAGAUCAGGAAGAAAUCAAUUCUGCAACAAAUAUUACAUUAAAAAGUACAUCAAAAGAAAAGAAAGAUUUAUUUAAGGCAAUUUUCUUAAGCAGUAGUGAGGAAUCGGAUUCCGAAUUAGAGGAAAGCGUAGAUAGCGAAACUGUAAAGUCUGUUUUAAUUGGUAAAGUUCCAAGCGAAAUAAAUCUAAAUAGAAAUACUUCUCCACCAAGGGGAAUUUUUGCAAAAGUGGAUCUUGAUAGUUUAUUAGUUAUUAAUUCAAGAACUAGUAUACAAUCAAAUGAAGGAAUUAAUAAAGAAGAAAAUAUAAAUACAACACAUUCCGAAUCAGAAAUUAAAUCGAAACAGAAUGAUGAUAAAUUAAAUUCAGAAACUCAAUUAUUACCUGAUAUGUAUGGACCUGCUCUUCCUUCAAGAUUAUUGAAAAAUAAAAACGAAGUACCAGAAGCAUCCAGUUCACAAUUUUCAAAACCUAUAUUUAAAAGUGUUGUAAUACCAAAACCCAAAAUGGACUCAAAAAUUUCUGGUGUAUGGAUAGAACGAGAAAAAAUGAAAAAAACAAAGAAAGAAAAGAAAAAACAUAAACACAAAGAACAUAAAAGUUCGAAACAUAAACGAAAAUCGAAAAAAGAAAAGCGUGAUUCGUGACACAAGAAAUUGGAACAAUAAUAAAGGAAUUAACAAAGAAGACGUUAAUGGAAAAA